AUGGCAGCCAUCAUCAAUAAUCGUCCCAUCUCCUACUGUUAUGAGGAUGUGGACGAACCUCGGGCCAUCACCCCGUCUCACUUCUUGCGUGGAGGUCCUUCGAGCCCUCCGCUCUGCUCCGUCGCCACGCUGGACGGACUCGGGCCGAACGGUCAAGUUCUGAACGACUACCUUCGCAUGGACGAGAACCUGAGUGGAGGGCGAUUCCACCAGCACCUACGGGAGAUCUUCGCCCCGCAGGUGGUGCGCUACGUGGAUCUCAUGGAAGCUUCGAUAGCACAAUCCCUGCAGAAAGGCUUCGAAAAGGAGAAAUGGGAGGUCAAAGGUCGAGCUGGUUGUGCUACCUCGGAAGAAUUGUUCUGGAAACUGGGCGCGUUACAAAGUUUCAUCCGCGAUCUUCACUGGCCAGAUGCAGAAUUUGCGAAACAUUUGGAGCAAAGACUAAAACUGAUGGCUUUCGACAUGCUCGAGGCUACAGUCAGUGGCACAGUUCAAGCUUUCCAGAUGUGGCAGAGAAAAGGAACAAACCCGGCUGGCAAACUGCUGGGAACUGCGGUCGCGGGGGCAGGAGGUACCUCCACAGAAUGGUUGGUUCCCUCCGAGAUGUGCGCUAUGAUCAAUGUGGUGCUGGAAACUCGCACCCAGUCGCUGAAGCUGUGCACGGUCGACGGCGCCGAUAUUCAUCAGUACCACGCCAAGAUCGAUCAGCUGUGCGACGGCGCUAUGCAGGACAUGCAAGGAGGGCUUCUAGCCAAGCUGGAGUCGAUCAUGGAAUCCACGCUAUCCAAACUUUCACGCUACGAUGAAGGAAGUCUCCUCGCCCCCAUUCUAUCUCUUACGUAUCGACAGGGCAUGUCAAGUUCAGGCAAAGAAGUAGGACAGAGCUACGUGAACUUUGUGCGAAACAGUAUGGAGCAGCUGCGGCAGAAAGUAUCCGACGAACUAUGGGUUCUGAAUUUAUUCGAACUCUGGUACUCGUCACAAAUGAGUAUGCUGUGCGCAUGGCUCUCUGAGCGGAUGGACCACGGUCUCCACUCGUUCCAACUGUCCGCGCUACUACAAAUAGCCCGCAAGCUGUAUUCAGAUUUCGAGCUACAAGGAAUCGAAGAGGAGAAGCUCAACUCAAAGACGUACCAAACGAUAUGCUCACGCUUACAAUUAGAAGAGGCUGCCGCGUCCGUUCAGGACGUCGCCAGGGAAAAGGACGAUGCCGAUUCUGGAGGAAUACUUCGCCGAUUCAGAUCGGUGCCGUCUGGACUUCACCAGGGAGAACGCUGGCAGGCCAACGACAGCAACAACGGCAGGCAGCGGCCUUCUCGGUGGUCAGGAUUCCCCGCUUAA